AAUAGGUCUGCGAUGGACUUUGAUUACGCUCACUACAUGCUGACGGAGGGUAACAAGAAGGGAAAGGAGAAAGAGAACCCCGAGGUGACGUCACCGUCGCGAGAAGCCUACUUGAAGCAACUUGCUAAGGCUUUCAACAUGAACAGAACUCGAAUCUUGGCCUUCAAGAACAAACCCCCGAAUCCGGUUGAACUCAUUCCCAACUCCAUCCUUUCGCCUCCUCCUCCUUCCAAAUCCUCUAAGCCCAGGCGUUACAUUUCUCAAAGUUCUGAGAGGGCUUUGGAUGCUCCUAAUAUACUAGAUGACUUUUACUUGAACCUGUUGGACUGGGGAAGCAGAAAUGUGCUCAGUAUUGCCCUUGGAAACACCCUGUAUCUAUGGAAUGCCGUUGAUUGCUCGACGGCAGAACUUGUUACCGUGGAUGAGGAAGAUAGUCCCGUUACUAGCGUUUCCUGGGCUCCUAAUGGGCGCGAUUUAGCCAUUGGUUUGAAAAAUUCUCAUGUCCAGCUCUGGGAUGCUGAUGCUUUUAGGAUGCUAAGGACACUAAGAGGUGGGCACCAAGCGAGAGUGGGUUCACUGUGUUGGAACAAUCAUAUCCUCACCACUGGAGGGAUGGACGGUAGGAUUGUUAAUAAUAAUGUUAGAGUGAGGUCUCAUAUUGUUGAAUCUUAUAGGGGGUAUCAGCAGGAGUUCUGGAACGCCCAUACAUGGGCUUGCUUGAACUCUGUUGAAACAGGCUCGCAGGUGUGCGCUUUGCUGUUGAACAAGAAUGAGCGUGAGUUGCUUAGCUCGCAUGGUUUCACCCACAACCAGCUCUCUCUUUGA